AUGGACCUUCUUGCAGCCGCACAGUCCAUGCUCAUUCUCCUCAUCAUCCUCUUUUUCGGCAUCGGACACUCGCCGGCACUGGCCCAUCCGAUUGACGCGCAACUGCUGAUAGACAUGUGGAACGUCAAACGCAGCUUGGCCAGCACGGGUUUGUUCCUAGAACAAGAAUCAAAUCAUACCCUGCCAUCCUGGAAAGAAUGGGCAGUCGUCUCCGCCAAGCGCCGCACGAUCCUCGGCCUCCAUCAUCUCGAGUGGGCGUGGUCACUUCGGUACGGAUAUCCAAUCCUCACGUGCUUUGAGCUGGGACCAUUUCCUGCUCCUGCUGCCAGACAUCUCUGGCAGAAUGGCCAUGAGAAGGAGUGGGAGUGUCUUUAUAAAGACUGGCUCAGGCAGUGGGCUGAUGGGAGUUACAAAAUGGCGGAACUGUUUCGAGUUAAUGCUAGUAAGGAAAGUGACGCUCUAGAUCCUAGAAGCGAGCUGUGGCUGGCAGAAGCAGACGAGUUCGGCAUGAUGCUGAUGGCGGAAGACAUGUUCCUCUACGCUGAAUUUAGCAGCUUAAAGCUCACGAUGAUGUAG